AUGAACGUCCUGCUUUCCCCUCAACCACCACACUUUUCUCACCCUCACCAACACGACUCCACCGCUCGCCUUUCUUCUUCUAGGCCUCUCUCGCCUUAUACCGCCAACAUGACGAACCGAAAGCGAAGACUCGAUGACGACGGCGACGAGAUGGCCGUUUCCCCAACACAUACGAACCAACUACGCACCGUUCUUGAGCGUAUAUGCGACCGCCACCCUGAGAUUGGCCAAGAGGUCGUUACGAGCGCCCCCGCCCGACCGUUGCCUCCGCCCUCGGUGGUGAAGCAACCCCUCGCAUCCGCCUCCCUCCAGUACCUUGACGGUGCAACCAAGGUCAUUCACGCACUCCCCGACUGGGACUCGCAGUCCCACCGCCAUCACAAGGAUAACGCCUACGAGGAAAUUGCCAAGGCAUGGGCCCUAGUCAUCAGUGAGGCCGCUAAGCGUGGUGGUGGAUUUGUGCUCCAUUCCGGCGGCUGGGACCAGCGCCUCGCGAGACACAACGAGCUCUCCGGCAACAGGCUGGAGGCCGCGAUAAACGCUAUGGCCUCUAGCGUGGGUUGGAUUGGUAACGCAUCUCCCAUGGCUCAAAGCUCUUCCAACGAUCCCGCCUCCAUUCGAAACCAGCUUAUGUCGGGCACCUAUGGCUCUCCCGUCAAGGUUGGGCCAUGGUAA